AAAAAAAAACAUUUGCGACCCAUCAAACACCCAAUAUCUAUACAUUCCACAAAUGAACGAUUGACACAAUUAAAUGAGUGCAACGUAGCCAUUUUGUAUCCAUCGAGAGGAUAAACAAAUGACGCAAUUGGUGCACCGGGUACGAGGCGACAAUGAAUCAGAGACCGGUGCGACCGGCGACGUGUCACAAAGGCGUUAAACGAUACAAUUGCAGUAAAAAAUACAAAUAAUGGCACCCGAUAGGCCCGACAGUUCCGGAAUGGAGACAGCGUGUGGUCUCACCGUUACGCGUGUCCUUGACAUUGGCGAUGCUGCAUUGACACUCAAGGAGGGUGAUAACGCCAGUGAAUUUGGUGAGGGAAGUCCUGGAGACACCGUGGAUGUUGUUGUUGAUGAUAACAAUCCAUCCGGGGCAAAAGGGGUUUGUGAGGGAGCGCCAACGGGUAAACACAGUCAGGAUGAUGAUCUUACUUCGUUAGCGUGGUUACAUCAGCAGAAUUUGCUGAAGGGACUUGAAAUAUCAAGUCCCAGUAAAGUUAUCAAAGAUGAAAAUAUUUUGAAUAAUAACAAUAAUAUUUGCGAUGGAGACAGCGCAGAAUUAUCGGAGAACACGAAUUCUGUUUCGAGUUUGGAUGAUGGAUACUAUCCAGAGAGCAAUGGAAAGGCUUCGAUGAAUGGAAAGAGCCAGAGUUAUAUCAGUUCAGGAAAAAACUACGAGAAAACAGCGUCGCUCUACCCAGAAUCCGGAAAAUUGACGUAUCCACCUCAACCGAGCAAUCAAGUCAAGAUAUCGUUGAGUUUUAAUAAUCUACCGGUGUCGAAUCGCAAUAAGCAUCCGACCCAUAUACCCUACGAUCCACAUUUGCAUAGAAAUAGCAAACCACCAUACUCAUUUUCAUGUCUGAUAUUCAUGGCUAUUGAGGACAGCCCAGUCAAGGCACUGCCAGUAAAGGAAGUCUACGCCUGGAUACUCGAUCACUUUCCUUACUUCAAGAAUGCACCCACCGGGUGGAAAAAUUCAGUCAGACAUAAUCUGAGUCUCAAUAAGUGCUUCAGAAAAGUGGAAAAGGCACCGAAUUUGGGAAAGGGAUCGUUGUGGAUGGUGGAUGACCAAUAUCGUCCGAAUCUCCUGCAGGCUCUCUCCCGAGCGCCUUUUCCACCCCCAACUGCUCAAAAUCUCUCGUCACCCGACAAAAUACCGAAGAAAACCACAAACACAAGAUUACCAGAUCCCAUACUUUUUCCGUACCUAUCGAAGAGGCUAGCAUCGAGCAACAUCACCGACAGCCCAGACCUUGAAUUCGACAGUGAUGUUGACGCAGCUGCUGUCGCCAUGCUCUCAUUCAAACACGGACCCAUUAUUCUUAACCACAACAAAGAUCGAAAGCGAAAGCAAACAAUUGAGCCAGAGAAAUUAGUGCCAGUGAUUACAAGAAGUUCGAGUGAGGAUCACACGUACAGUUGCAUCACUUCAGCCAAAACCGACAGCAAAAGGUCCACAAGCUCCUUGGAGGACUCAAUAACUGACGUGGACGAGCAACGAAAGAUCGCAGAGGGUGCUGAUGCCCUCCUCAACCUUGCAGGUGUUGCCCUGUCCCACAACGCCACAAGUCCCCGUCUUAAUCACCACGAGAUGAGCCCUCUGGCACACCAGACUACCACCCCGCCACCCCCAUCGCCCUCACCACCCCCAAAAUCAUCGAAUCACUCGUCCCCCCCAAAAUCAAAAAGACGCACCACUACAAACGACUACUCGAGUCUUCCUGACAAGAGACGGCGGCGUUGGCGAGAGUGGGGUGACACAAACAGGUAUCUCAAACAGGUCAAGGGUUAGUGAUUGUUCAUUAUUUUCCGUCAAUCGUUUUCAAUAAUCCUGAUUCUCCCCCGACAUAAGUGGCCAAAGUCGUAUUUUUCUCGUGAGCAAUGAUACAGAGGGAGAUGUAAAAAGAAAUUAAAAAUUUAAGUUAACCAAUUAGGAGUGAAAUAAUUGAUCAUGCCAAAUAGUUUGGCAGCACUGAAUUACAAAAAAGAAACAAUAAAACGAAAUUAAUUAGUUUGACACGAGCAGCGUCUGACGGUAAUUAAUUUAAUCCGAGGUGUAAAUUGUAAAUUGGAGAAUCAAUAAUGUCGUCUCAAAAAGGCGGCAAGUGAAAUUUCGAAAACCGAUGAUAAUGCAAAAUUGAGGAGUCUUGUUAGACCUGUUGUGAGGAAUUAUACAUAUUAAUUCAUAGAGAGUUUAACUAAUUAUAAAUAGAGUUCUAUAUUAGUUUCCCUUCUGUAGAUAUGUAUAGAUAUAUACAAUUGACAAAGAGGAUGAAAAUUAUAAUAUUCGAAUAGAGAAGAAAAUUUAAAUAAUAUAUUUGAAAAGAAAAUAACGACGCAAAAAUAACAAAAAAAAAAAUGAAAAAAAAAAUUAUAUGCAGCAAAUACCACCGAGCAAUUGCGCAGUAAUGAGACGCCGAGAAACACAGUCCAACGGCGGGAUGAGAAUAAAAGGUGCACGAGCAAGAGAAAAAUAAUAACAAUGAAUUGAGAGAAGAGUUGUAUAAUUUUUUGCCUUUUUCUACUUCACUUCGAGCGAGAGUUUUUCCAGUUGAAGAAAUAAUAAUUCUCAACUGUUACUGUACAACGUAGAAUUGAAUUACCACAGUGGAUACGCUCAAAGUAAUCGCACCUCAUCACGUUUCUCUUUUUUCUCAAUUCGUUCCAACUCAUUCACUCGCUCUUUAAAACGAUUUGUUUCCUUCAUUUCAUUCGCAGAAUUGAUGCAAAAAAAAAUCCGGAAUAUUAAUAUCGAGUUGACAUUCAUGAGCGCGAAGGUAAUUUCAAAGAGAGAGAGAGAGGAAAAUAGUGCAAUUACUUUUGCGAAAAAAAUUCGCCCAUCCCAUCAGUUAUCUUCUACAUGUACAAUAGUGAGAAUGAGAGAAGAAAAAAUUGUCAGAUUUUGAGGAGAGAGGGGUAUAUUUUUACAGGUCUCUGACCCGCGUGAUAUAACUAAAGCUCUUCCUAACUUGGUCGCUGAUGUGUAGUUAUUAGAAUCACGAUAAAAAAUUUAUUCAAUUCUGAACGCUCAGCAUUAUCAUUGCAAUGCACGCGAGCACAGUAGCAGUUUUAACAGUCUUAUUUAUUGUUUAAUAAAUAUUUAAAUUUUCAUCUAGGCAUACUGAUUUUCCGUGAAUUAAAAUUUUAACGACGAUGUGAAUAAAUCAGUGAUGAUUAUUAUAUUCUUCUGCUACACUAAAGCACAGUAAUCUCGAAAAAAAAAUAUGGAGGAAAAAUUCAACACAUCACAUUGAUAUUGAAAAAAUAUCAAUUUUUUUUUUGUUCGUAGAAUAAGUCUGUUUGCUGCGGCUGAAGGUUUGUUCUUCCAUAAUAGCUUAUUCUAAACUAAUUGAGUAGGGAAUAACCAAGCCCAUCGCACUCGGGCUCGGUCCACAAUGUUUAUUAUCACUAUCGCUAGAACAUCAGUAGUGCUAACAGUUAAGUCAAUGGUAAUCAACAAUUACCAAAUGAUAAAAUACAAAAUUUUAAUAAUUAGUGACAUAGUCUAACGUAAGACAGAAAUGAAAAUACUAAAGCAAAAGAAAACUCAAGCAAUAUACCAGUAAUAUCUGAUAUCGGAUGAAAUACUCUAGUCGGCCGGUACUUUUUCAAGUGAACUCAAUUUAUUGUCCGAUGAACGAGGAGACGUGUAUAGUAUAAAUAAUGAAAGGAAUUAUAUAUAUGUAUGAUAAAAAAAUCUUGUAAACUCAGUGAUCGUUGAUCUCUUGAUAUUUUUCAAGGUAAAUAUUUCAAUAGAUUGACGAUUGUACUUGGGCUCGCCGGCAAUGUUCAAUUUGUUGCGUUCAACGUAGGGUAACGUGAGGCGAGCAGUGAAUAUUUUCAUUUCAACAAUUGUAUGGGAAAGGGUGAGGGAGUUAUCACUAAUGGAAUUUUGUGCAUUGUGGGCUGGUACACUGGUUAAAAAAAUAAGGAUUGAAAUGUCAGGGAUAGGUGAUUGGUAAUUUGUAGGGGACUAUUUAUCGCAAAUUUUGGUCCUGACGUGAAUUUUCGUAUUGAAUAUAUAAUUCUUUUUUCUAAAGAUUAUUUCUACAUGGUAAUCUCUUUUCUAAUUUGGAAGUAGCUUUUUUUUUAUACCACCCUGUAUUACUUUGCCAUUUUUUAGGUGAUUAUGAUCAAUACUACUGCCUAUGAAGCACAAACUCAAAAUACUUUAUUGAUGUUAACCGUGGUGCAAUUUUUGCCUUUUAUUUUCGGCUUUCGAAUUCAAACUGUGUACAUGCUAAUCCCUCAAAAUUUUUCAAAAUCCUUAUAAAAUUUUAAACAUUUCCCGGACUCUCUGAAAGCCAGUGUUCAAUUUUUUUCCAAGUGAUUGCUCCCUCGAUAAGGAGUUAUUAGUGAAAAAAAAACCGCGUGAAAAAAGAAAAAAACAAUGCAGAGAAUAUAAAUAUAUAUGAAAGCGAUUCACCCAGCCACGGACAAUCAAAAUGCCACACGGUGUUUCAUUUGCUUCAGUUGCUAUGACAUUGUGCCAAACCGAAUGAAGAAAAAGUUAUUGAUAAUUAAUAAUAAUGAAAAUUGGAGAACGAAACUUAUUACGAGAAAAAAAACACCAAUUCCCCAUUAUUUUUAAUUUUCUUUCUGAUAACUUGUAGCAUUAUAGUGUUAUAUAUUAUACAUAGACUUAUGUAUAUUGUACAAUUUUCCGUAAAAAAUGCUAUUCUGUUGGCGUAAUUAUUGGUUAAUUACAACUACAUUUAUUAUUAUUAUAUUAUAUUUUUAAUUUCUAAACGAAUCACAUUGUAAAAUGUUUGUUAAGUUUUUGGCCUUGCUUAUCUACAACUUUGAGUGUAAUAUUUUAGGCUGUAAUUAUCGAAAACAGAACUUUAUCUAAACGAUACUAAACAUCACUGUAUUUAUUAUUAAUUUUGUUGGCGUUUUUAUUUAUCAUUGAUUUACCUAAUUUUGUUCACCUCUAAAUUGUAGAUACUCGUCAUUUUUAGAUCCUUACAUGAGAAUAUUACCAUUUUUCGAAAAAAACAUUUUUUUAGCUGACAAAAAAACAAAAAUGUUCUUGGAAUAGAAUCCAAUGACUUCAACGAAAUUAACCGAAAUGGAUUUUUAUUAUGCACGGGCUUUUAUGGAUUUAAUUAUUAAAUUGUUUUAUUAAAAAAAAAAUUCAAUAAAAAAAUUUAAAAAAUUAA